AUUUUAAAGAGCGGAAAAAUAAAAUAUAAAAAGAAAAAUAAAAAAUAUAAGGUCCAGACGGUUACAGCAGAGGGGCGAGUUUAUCCUCGAGCCCAGCAUUCUCCUUCCAUGGCGGCAAUUCCAUCUUCCUCACUGCAAUUUCCAAACUCCCUCGCUUUCGCUUCCAAUUCCAAGCCUCACAAGCCGAAGUCUCUCACCUUCGUAACCAGAGCAGCAGAUCCGGAAUCUCCUGCCGCCGAUUCGGAACCUAGAUCGGACGGCGACGAUUUCGAGGACCGACUGGCCCGACUCCAACUCCGACGCGGAACGGGAAAGAAGGCAGAGAUUCGUAAGGCUCGGAAGUCCAGGAAAGGAUCAACCGCCGCCGCCUCGUCAGUGUAUCUUCCGCCAGUGCCGCUGAAGGAAGCGGUUUCCGGCGGACUUAAGGUAGAAUUCGGAUUCAGUCCGUACAGCGAGAGGAUCAAUGGAUGGAUUGCGAUACUCGGAUUAUCGGCACUGGUUCUAGUGGAAUUAGCCACUGGAAAAGGCGUCAUCAAUUACCACACGCCAGCGAUUAUACUGAUUCAAGUAUACUUCGUAGCGGCGGCGGCUGCUCUGUAUAUCAAAUACGAGAAGGAGAAGGUUAGCGUUUGGCCGCAAGAUGAAAUCAAAAGUUAACUUCAAUAAUUUAGUCUUUUGUUCAUCUGCUUGUUCUUGAAUCUUCCGGAUUUCUCUCUUUUCCGCACUUAAGAUUCAACCAACGCUUUUGAAUUAUAUAUGAAGAAACCUGAGAGAAUCUUACAUUAUUGUUUAUUUGAUCA